UGUUCACCGACACCUUCUCCAUCGUUUGACAUCUACACUAGCUCGUUUCACUACCACUGCUCUCGCCGGCGAGGGCGACCAGCCUUACCAGUGCCUUACACGCGUGCGUGCAUUCAACCAGCCACCCAGAACGCCAAUGCCGCUCCCCGACGAGCGUCCACGUCAGAGCGUCGCCAACCUCAUCGGCCGUUUCGAGCAGCAGCACAAGCGCAAUCCCGGCGCCGCGGCGAACCCGCCGCGCGCGUCCAGCGUCGCGUCGCAGCAUACGGGGGACUCGGCCAAGGAGGAGCUGAAGGAGAAGCGCGAGUGGCCGCCUAAGCCGAAGCCGACCACGACCCCGAGCAACGUCUUUGAGAUCCGGCGCGAGCAGACGUCCAAGUCCCCGGAGCCCGCCGUCGCACCAACGCCUCUGAUCAUUCCUGCGUCGAGUCCUCCAGCUCCCGCUCAGCCUAUAGAACCGGCAGCAGACCCCGUAUCGCCAGUAACGCCAGUCAAUUCCGAUAAACAUGUUUCCCCCGUCUCCCCCUCACCACAGAAGAAGAAGGUGGCCGCAACACCAUCCAAACCAGCCUCAGGCCGGUCGUCCGCCAUAGGUGCCCGUCCACCCGUCACCCCGUCCAAGAACCGAGAGGGCAGACCCAGCACGGCCGGCGCAAAGCCCACGACCCGCACGCCCGUGAAGUCGCCCCCGCCCUCCUCCUUCCACUCCGCACGGUCGACCUCAGCGGUGCCCCAGCCGAAGGCCACGCCGUCCGCAAAGCCCGCCCCCGCCUCGCGCUCCAGGCCGAGCUCGCGCGCCUCGGGCCCGAUCACGCCAGCACGCGCGAAGACCCCCUCCGCCUCGCGGCCGAAGACCCCCUCGGCUACUCCGAAGCCGAAGCUGCCGUCAUCCGGGCUGUAUGCGCCCACGGCGGCGUCGCUCGCUCGGGCGCGCAAUGCCGAGGCUGCAGCCGCCGCGGCCCCAGUGCGCAAGCCGACGGCGUCGAAAGAGACCCUGGAUAGGCUGGUCAAGCCUACGGCGGCGAGCAUCUCGAAAGUCCGUCAGCCGACGCUUCCCACGCAGACGAAGGCGACGCCGACGAAGACGACUCCCGCUGCGAAGGGUACUGCGGCGAAGCCCCGAGCUAGUGCUGUCGGCACCGCUACGAAGGCAAAGGUUGCGGGUGGAGCCGCUGUAUUUGCCACCAAGGCUGCGACCAAGAGCGAGCCUGAGCACCAUGACGAGGAGCCGGCGGUCAUUCACGACGAGCCCGAACAUCACGAACACGAGGAGUCUGGCAGCACACUUGUUGACGAGCCCGAAUAUGCCAUUUCUCACGAGCCGGAGGAGAUUCAGCAUGAGGAGGUUGCUGUAGAAGAACAUGUUGAGGAGCAGCCUGAGGAGGAAGUACUCGCGGUCGAAGAACACCACGAGGAACCUGCCGUUGAAGAAGUAGAGCACCACAUUGAGGAGCACGACGAGGUCUCCGCACAUUCCGAGGAGGAGGUCCUCGCCAUUGAAGAAGAGUCCCACGUCGAGGCUGAAGAUACCACUCCCGAGGCCCUGGACACGCACGAGAUACCCGCGACGUCUGAUUCCGAGGCCGACGCCGCACAUAGCGAGGGCGAGACGCACGUCGACACCGAGUCCGACACCGUUUCCGGCUCCGUCGUCGCGGACAAGAGCGGCGGGGACAUCGAGGACAUCGUCGGCAUGCUGGAGGGCCCGGUCCUGCUCUCCAAGGAGCGCCCCGUCAGCGUACUCAUCCCCGACGUCGCUGAGAUCCCCGACAUCGAGGACUAAGGCGCACCGGCAGAGUCCUCUCGUGAGCAGUCGAUAUCAGGAAUGUGUACAAUUCAACGGACUCUCCUCUCUCCCCGAGCUCUCUAUCUUAUACCUCCCCAACGACGGUUCCCGCUCAUCCAUGAUGCACCUAACGUACAGACUCUCCCGUACUCUUGUCCAUAUGGUUUCCCUGGUCAUGGUCCUCCCCCACCUUCCGGUUCCUGCUAUCUGUCACCGCAUAUGUCUGAUCCGUACGUGCGCAUACGUAUAGUACAUUUACGUGUCUUGCUUUCGUUUUCCGAGUGCCUCUCGUUUACCGUUCCAACAAUUUAUUUUCAGUGUCCAG